AUGGAGGCUUUUGAGUGGACUCUGAGAGAGAGGAGUUUUUGGACUCUGUGUGCUGGUGAGAGGACUGUCCGAGGAGGCCAGGCAACGCAGAACCGGAUGGGCGUCGUGGUGGUGGGCCCUUCCGGCUGCGGAAAGAGCACGAUGUGGCACGUGCUCAAGCUCGCCCUCGGCAAGCUCGGCAGCUCCAUCCCAACGUACCGGCUCGCGGCUCAGUCGUUGCUUCUGCAAGCUGUUGCAAGCAAGCCUUCGGAGUCGCUCCCAGCUGAUUCAAUUACCGGUGGUAUCUUGAUAGCCGUCAUCACCGCGGCAAACGCUUCACCGGACUGCCUCUGUCACCAGCCGUGCUCCUACCACAUGAGGUGUCUGAUCUUCGCAUCGCUGACUCUCCAGUCGCGCGUGCCGUCAACGCGGGCGCUCGAACCAGCUCUGCAGGCAGCGCUCGAGCCUGCUCUGCAGGCUGGGCGGUGGCCGACACAGAAGCCUGCCGUGUUGCCGGCUGCGCAGGCGCGGAAGAUGCAGCAGACACUCUUCCGGCACCGCUUCCUGGUCGGCGAGGACAUGGUUCUCCGGGUGCCGCUCGACGGCGUGUCGAGGCUGCGUGUGCUCCUCGCGCAUCGCGAAGCUGCGGGGCUCCUCCACACGCAGGUGGAGGCCUUCCGGCCGCGCUACAAGCUGCGCUGGUCGGUGGACGCGAUGCGCAUGCUCGCGGUGCCCAACGCAGGCGGCUCGUCCCUUCAGUCCGAGGCGCUGAGUUGCGAGGUGCUCGCGCGGCUGUUUGGCUCGCGGCUCGUGAUGACCGAGAUGGAGCUCGACUACUUCUCGGGCUCAAAAAUCACCGACUACUCGGUCACGCUCUUUGAGCACGCCGUCGGCGUCUCGGUCACGCGCGCCAUCAACUGGCCCACCUUUGCGCUGCAGCCGGCGGACGCGUACAGGCUGCUGUUCAAGAAGCUGCGCGCGAUCCAGAUCUCGAGCCGCAAUGUGCUCAACAUGCGUUGGCGCAAGCAGGUGCUUCACGUGUGGGUGCGCACUUAUCGCGACGCCCAGACACUCGAAGAGCAGUAUGCCGCCAUCCCGCCAGAGGUGCGAGGCAACUCGGUGGUCCUAAUCACGCUUGCGAACGGGAUCGACUGGAUCUGGUGA